GUUGAGUGUCACGAAACGCUCCUUGUGCUGUUCCAGUGAUGAGAGAGGAAGCGAGGGACUGAAUGAAGGAGAGAGAGAGAGAGAGAGGGAAGGAGGGAAGGAGGAGCCAGGCUGUCAAGGUGAACCGAUAAACCUCCUUUUUAUCACCGCUGACGUCCGGAACACGACGCGCAGCUCAAGGCAGCACCGCGCAGGGAGGAGCAGAGGAGCUCACAUCCUUUAACCGGUGGACAGUACACACUCACAGGGAGAGGAAAGUGUUGUUUUUACCCUCUUUGUUUUUGUCAUAUUUCAUAAAACUUAAAUGGCACGGAGCGAGCCGAGUGCGUCAUCUCAUCGGAGGCGCCAGAAAAAUUAAAGAGUGGCGUGGUCGAGGAGUCCAGCUGGGAUCUGUAAGGGAAGAAUUUGGCAUCCCAGCGGUGCAGGCGAACCCCCGACUCCAGUCCCCCAGAGCCCUCAAGGGACCAGCUUGACUUCACAUGGAUGAACCCGCCCGAUGGGGAUUCACAUAUCACCUCUGGGGUUUUUGGCGCUUCUGAUUGGACACCGACUCAGUUUGUUUGACCCACUAUUUUUCUUUCCCCUCUUUUCCCUCUUGGACUGGAGGCCUCAAGAAUCAGGUCAUGAUUUCAACGUUACUUGACAUUUCCCAAAAAACAUUUUGAGCCGCAGUAGCCUUUGAAGAAAACAGAGAGGGUGGAUUAUUGAGGAGUCUGGUGGAGCCUUUUGGCGAAUUCAAAUCAAUGUUUCCUGCUGCUGAAACACCUGCGAAAGUGAUGCAGAGUUCAUCUGUAGUCUUGUGGAACAACAGCGUCUGUCUGUGUGUGAAUCCCAAGAUUUAUUUCCAUGUAAAUGUGCUGCAGAGGAGCUGAAAACAUCUGGAUGGAUACAGAAGAUUUGCAAAGAAAUUAGAUUUUUUUUUUGUUUUAUGACCAUUCUGUAAGUUUAAAUGUGUACAGACUGAUUUUUUAAAUUGAAUUUACUUUAAAUAUUCCAGAAAAGCAUAAGAUUUUCACACAAACCAAGACUGCAGCUGCAGAAUAUCGAAUGUUAAGAUCCAGAAGAGCUGGAUUUCCUCAACAUCGACAUGGACAGUUUUUUUAUUUAAAUUAUCAUAACUUUAUCUUGUUCAGGCUAUUUUGAGGAUCUUGGAUACCAUUCUGUUUCAGUUUCAACAAGUAAGGCCCAGUUCUUAUUUUCAGGAUAUUUUAAAUAAUUUUUUUGUGUUGAUUUUGACUUAUGUUUCAACUUUACCAGACUAACAAACUUAUCAGUGUUCAAGUCAAGUGGCUCAACUGUCACUUUUUAAUCACCUUGGAUUACAGACCAACAGAAUAGCUGUGUCAGCUCUUUAAUAUUUUUUGCACCGAAUGUGAUAAAUGUGCCAGAAUUUGGCUCAUUGACCAAGUUUCCCAUCAUCCAGAGGACCUUACGUACAUCCCGCUCGUCUAAAAUCGCUUCUUCCUGCCUCGGGAGGGGAACUCUCAGCCCGUCCUGUCACCGCCAUGGUGAUGUCACAGGGCACCUACACCUUCCUGGCCUGUUUCUCCGGCUUCUGGUUGGUCUGGGCCGUCAUAGUUAUGCUCUGCUGCUUCUGCAGCUUCCUGCAGCGAAGACUGAAGCGCCGCCACGAGGAGAGGCUGAGGGAGCAAUGUCUGCGAACCGUAGAGAUGGAGCCGCUCAGCUGUCAGCCCGCAGGACAUCCUACUCUUCCUCCUCCUCCUCCACCACCAUCUCUUCCACCAUCACAUCCUCCACAGCUGCCCAGGGAGCCGCCGCAGUUUGGUCCUCCUCAAACCCUGUCGCCACCUGUUCCUCUGCAGGUCCCUCAUCCAAUGCCACAAGCGACCUGGAUCAGCAUGCCAGACACCGAUAUAUUUGGGAAGCCGCCUUGCUACGAGGAGGCAGUUCUGAUGGAGGAUCCUCCUCCGCCCUACAGCGAGGUCUUGGCCGACCCACGGGGCGGCACCUACCUGAAGCCCGCCCCGCUCCGAGCUGCCCCGCCACCACAGCUUCCCCCUCCAAGGGAAUAUCAGGAUCCUGCUCCGGUAUUCACAUCCGAGACCAGCAAGCCUCCUGUGAUGGCUGUAUUCCCUGAGAGAGGUUACUCCUCCCUCAUACGCUUGCCUUCAUCCCAGCGCUGGGACUCCCUGGGUCACCUCCUGUCAAACAUGGACCUGAACCACAACAACCUCACUCCACCGGGGGCCCGCUCCGUCCAGGCAGCCGCUGCAAUGGCUACCAUGCCCCGCCAGGAACAAAGGACUCAUCAUGAUGGACUUGGGCUCCGAGGUGGAAUACAAGGACUCCAAGGAAGCAUACAUGGACUUCAAGGAGGGAUACAGUUUCAGGGGGUCCAUGGACUGAGGGGACUGGAGCCCAGCUGUGGCUUGCCUACAGCCUUCCCCCUGCUGGGUCGGAGCACCGCUGUCUAGACCUGGACGCUUACUGGAGGAGUCUAAAGUCUAAUCAACCAAUUGUUGGUCCAUCUCUGAAGAGCCUUCAAGCAGGAGAUCUGUAAAUACAGACUUCCUGUCUGUAUGCCUCCUUUGCUGCUCAGUGUUUACAGUCCUAACACCACUAGAAGUAGAGAUUUAGGUCCCUAAAGAGCUGAAAGAGGGUUAAAGUGCUGCAGAGGCUUGAGAAGUUCAAUUCCCACAUGCAGCUCUGUGGGCAAAGGGUGCCACUUACUCUGCUGGGAUCGUGGCUUUCAGCUCUGCGUGUGGAUGAAGGAGGAAAUUACACACCGUUUCACACCAGUGUUGUUGAGUCACAGAGGUAUCCUGGUGUCAUAUUGAGGCUAAUUGAGUCACGGUUCUUUUGAACGGCAGAGGAUGAGAGAAAAGAGCCAGUAACGAGGUAAAAGACGAGCAACAAGCACAGCUGUUUCUCCACCUUUUCAUCCCGUCUGCCUUUUAUUUUCAUCUCUCCCUCCCCCCUUUCCCCAUGUUGCCCUCUCAUUCUGUUCAUCCCUCCUCUCCUCUCUCUCUCUGAGCAACCUAUUGUACCAGUCUGCCGUUGCCAUGGCUCCCGGGAACUGUCUGUUGCCCACGACGACCUCUCCUCUUUUAUCUGCUCAGAUUUUUCGAAAGACUCUGUUCACAGCUUGUCUCCUCUCGAGGACUGCGAGUAUUAACUCUUACAAAAGAACACGUGGUGACCUUCGGAGUCAGCGUGUUUGUGACACAACAAAAAGGUAGAGUACAACAAGCCAACCAGAGAAACAAGUGUACCUGGAUCACAUUUUUUAACAUGCUGCUUUGCAGUCUUCAUCGUCAUCUUUACUACAAACUGUUAGGUCGGCUGGGUCAUUUAUGAGAAAAAACAUUUUUCCCCCCAUGUACAGAUUCAUAAUUUCUUUUAAGCUUUGUGACAAAUGCCUUUUUUUUCUUGUGAAAUAAAAACGUCUUCACCUGCUGGGUGUCUCCCAAUAAUUUAUGGAAUUAAAAUUAUAUUCACUGCAGUAAGUUAAUAUAUAAUGUUUUAGUUUAGUUGACAUCUCAUUUACAAUACUAAAUUAUAUUAUUCAUUUGUCGUCCUUUUUCUGGAACCGGGGGCUGGAGCCUAUCCCAGCUGACUUGGAGUGAGAGUCAGGGUACACACUGGACAAGUCGCCAGUUCAUCACAGGACAUUAUUCAUUUUGUACCUUUCAACUGGUAAUUGUAAAGUGCCCAUACAGUAUGUGUGAAUGUGAGCUUGAAUGCUUGUUUGUGUCAGCCCUGUGAUGAACUGGCACUGGACUACCCUGGCUCUUUAACGCCAGCUGGGAUUGGUUUCAGCCCCCAGUGACCCUAGUGUGGAAAAUGGAUGGAUGGAUUUUGUAACUCAUUUGUUCUUGUAUAUUUUACCUCCAAACUAAAAGGCAAAAAUACAAAACAAAAACAUACAAUAACCAAAAUCUAGAACUAAGAACAAAACCGUGAACAGAGGGAGGAACAUAGGUGAGCUUCAGACACAUGACACAUGAAUGAACAAAGAUUUUAAAAAAAGGAAACACAGGAACUUAAUAACCAGGCAGGACAACAGGUGAAACUAAGCAGAAGAGAGUCAAAAAAUGGUGGGAUAAAGGCAGGAAGUAGAAAUACAAGACACUUGAGAGGGGAGAAUUACAAAAUAAAAACAGGAAACACAAAACAAACUGAAAACUGUCAAACACAUAACCCUGCUAUGUCAUGUCAGAACAGCUCCUGUGUGGCUAAUUUAAUUUCAAUUAAGUUUUAUCUACAUAGUGACAAAUUCUAACAUAACGAAAAAGAUGUCCAGCCUUCUUUUCCUGUUGUUUUCUGACCUCUGAAGUUUUCACAUGAAUUAUUCAUCAGAUUAUCUCUGUUUGUUUUUCCCUGCUUCUCGCAGUAAACUGAUUCUGAACAUCUGCAAAUCAGGAAAA